AUGAUGAAAAUUCCUGCUUGCGCAUGUCCAUCCUUAAGCAUGGGCGGGACAUAUAAUGCCCUAGCAUCCAUGGCAGGCGGCCGUAUUUUCCCAACUGAUAUUCCGACCACGACGACAAAGCUAAAUACAAUCACUUCAGACUUUCAGCUUGUCCAAAAAAGCAGAGAUGUCAGUAAACUACUGGACUUUUCCGCAGAAGUUUCUUUGAAGAUCGGAACUAACCUUAUUAAUGCGGAUUGGGCAGGCCAGUUCAUAAAGGAAACCAAGAAUGAAGAAGAAAUGAUAAGCGUCAUGGCAGUGAUGAAAUGUACUAAGGUACUGCUUUAUAUGUUAGUUUACCAAUUAAGAAAUAAAUUUGCGACUCUAAACAAUUUUAAAAACACAAAGUUUCUAUGACUACAAGUGGAAAUGCUUGUUCAAGUGACAAUUUUAAGAAGUCGCAGUUACGUUUAUAUGGAAUGUGGAAGAAAACAAGUGAAAGAAUGAUUUGUGAAAAAAAUGUGGAAAUAAACUAAAAGCAAUAAGAAGAAAAAGUAAUAAAGUACUAAACUGAUGUUCACCUAAUGUUUAGCAAAUAGUUCAGGUGCACGAAUAAAGUCAUUUCUUGUGUUCAGUUACGGUCUCUUCAUCUUUAUGCACAGCAUUUCGUGUAAAAUGCACAUUUCCAGUUCGUUAAUUUGGUUGACACACAUUCCAUCUAAACUAUAAGUCAUCGAAACGUUGCUUUCGUCUGACAGCUUAUGAGGCAACCAAACUUCCACAGCAUAAUGUGCACUUCCUGCAUCUAGACAUAAAUUGGUUGACACAAUGACAUAAGUAGACGUCAUUAUGACGUCAUAUUGUUGAAUUUGUUGGCAGAAUCCCGAGUAGCUACACUUACGUCUCAGUUUGUUUUGAUGUUAACAGGGUCAUGAAGGCUUGCAGCCCAGUGUAAUAGAACAUGUACCUACUUAG